AUGAAGCUAAGAUUAUAAAAUGAAAAUUGUCAAAGUAAAAUCUAUACUCAUCGAUCAGAGAGAUCGAGCUGUUUUGACAUCUUAUAGGAUUUAACAAAUAAUAAGCAAUAAUUAUUAAACCAGAAAGCUAUCCUUGAGAAUAGAACAACUAAAUAGGACUUAAUAUUAAAUGAACAUAAUAUUCAAUUACAAUAGAGUAAAGUUUACAAAACAACAAAAAUUUAAUAACUAAAAAUUUAGUUAUAAACUUUAAAAUAGAAUUAUGAUAAAUAAGCAAUAUCACAAUCCAAUCUUUCAAAAACCAUUGAUAAUACUGUUAAAUACCUGCUUGAACUUAAAACAAACAUUUAUGACAACCAAGUAGAAGAACCUUGGCAAGAAAUCAUCAAAAUUGAAAAAGUUUUGUAUGGAAAUGAGGACAAUAUUAUCUAAUCAAUGCCCAUUUAGAAUUUUAAUGAAGUUAUAUCAGGUCAUUAGUUAAGUAUUUUAGAAAUGGUCUCAUAGUGGUAAAAUUAAUAACAAUAGAAUUAUUGGAUUGCAUAAAUGAAAUUAUUACAUGAAACAUUCAUCCAGAAAAAUUUAAGCAUUGGCCAAAUCCUAAAGCCUAGACAAGUACAAGAAUAAUCAGCUGCGAGAUUAUAGAGAUAAGAUUUUUAAUCUUUUAGCAAAAAAUGCUGA